AUAGUGCCGCCCUGGUCGCGUUCGGUUGAAGUUGAAUUUUAUUUAUUUUUCGCCGGUUUUUGACACAAAUGGCCCCGCCAAAGGCCGCCAGCCACCGUCCGGCGGUGCGGCGCAGGAAGUCCGGAACCCUGGUGGACUCCAUCCUGGACAAGUACCUCAAUGUGCGGUUUUUCAAAUACCUGCUGCUGGAGCCGGCCGCUCUGCCCAUAGUUGGGCUUUUCGUGCUCCUCGCCGAGGCGGUGAUCAACGUGGUGGUCAUCCAAAGAGUUCCCUACACGGAGAUCGACUGGGUGGCCUACAUGCAAGAGUGCGAGGGCUUCCUCAACGGCACCACCAACUAUGCCCUGCUCCGCGGAGACACUGGACCUCUGGUUUAUCCAGCUGCCUUCGUUUACAUCUACUCGGCUCUCUACUACGUGACAUCCCACGGAACAAAUGUCCGCCUGGCGCAGUACAUAUUCGCCGGGAUCUACCUGCUCCAGCUGGCCCUGGUGCUGAGAUUAUACUCGAAGAGCAGGAAGGUGCCGCCCUACGUCCUGGUGCUCAGUGCCUUCACCUCGUACCGCAUCCAUUCGAUCUAUGUUCUGCGUCUCUUCAACGACCCGGUGGCAGUACUACUGCUCUACGCCUCCCUCAAUCUCUUUCUGGAUCGACGAUGGACCCUCGGCAGCACCUUCUUCAGCUUGGCGGUGGGCGUUAAGAUGAACAUCUUGCUGUUCGCCCCGGCUCUGUUCCUGUUCUAUUUGGCCAAUCUGGGACUCCUGAAGACGAUCCUCCAGUUGGCCGUUUGUGGAGUGAUACAGCUGCUGCUAGGGGCUCCCUUCCUGCUCACGUAUCCUGUGGAGUAUCUCCGGGGAAGCUUUGAUUUGGGUCGCAUCUUCGAGCACAAGUGGACGGUCAACUACCGGUUUUUGAGCAGAGAACUCUUUGAGAACAGAUCCUUCCACCUUUCGCUAUUGGGCCUACACUUACUGCUUCUCCUGGCCAUUGCAAAGCCCACCUGGACCUACUUCCAGAGCUACGUGCGCCUGCGCCGCGUUGAGGAUCAGUUGCAGCCGCAAAUUGACCAGCAGAAUCGUGAAGUCAAGGCUCAGAAAAAGGUAAGAAAGGCGCAAAAGGACAAGGAUGAGAAGAAUUUCACAGCCGAGCAACAGUCCUUCCUAAAAGCCUUCGAAAAGAGUCUGCAGAAGUCAUCUGGAGCGAAGGCAACUCCAGCUCCUACCCAGUCGGAACCGGAACGCUAUGGCAUCCACUUCGAUCGCUGCACUCAACUGGCCUUGUUGCCAUUCUUCCUCUGCAACCUGGUGGGAGUGGCCUGCUCCCGAUCCUUGCACUAUCAGUUCUACGUUUGGUACUUCCACUCGCUGCCCUAUUUGGCCUGGUCUACGCCGUACUCCCUGGGAGUGCGAUGCCUCAUCCUGGGACUCAUUGAGUACUGCUGGAACACCUAUCCCAGCACGAACUUCUCCAGCGCUGCCCUGCACUUCACCCACAUCCUCUUGCUUGCGGGUGUGGCCAAACAACUCAUUCAGACCAUGCGAAUAAAUAAUGCAGCCAAGAAGGAGCAGCAGGAACAGCAGAAGAAGGAGCAACAGCAAGAGCAGAAGAAGGUUCAGUAGGAGGAGGAACUUUUUAGCCACGAGUGCCACUUAAAAAAGUUGAUUAU